AACAAAGACAGUCCCUGCCAAAGCCCUUCCAAUCUGAACAGAUGAAUAUAAACAGAUGAGGGAGUACAAAGAAACAGAGGCAAUAUUGGCCAGCAUGAUAGCAGCGGUCUCAGCAAACUCUGCGCUCUGAAUUAUGCCCAUGGGGCAUGCUCUGUGUGCCACAAUUUAUAGCUAAGCCUCAGAUACAGUAUGGGGUAUAUUCAUGCACCUUUAUACCCGAGGGACAGGGGGUGCAGUGUGGGGUACGCACAUGCAGCAUGCACCCCAAUUUAUACCAGGGUACAGUGUAAGGUACAUACAUACACCCUGAUUUGUACCCAAGGCACAGGGAUACAGCGUGGAUACAUGCAUGCACCAUGCAAACUGAUUUAUAGCUAAAAGGCAGGGGUGCAGCGUGGUGCACCCCGAUUUAUGCCUGGCCCGGAGGGGUGAAAAGUGGAGUAUUAGCACCCCACUUUAUUCGUGAGGCGCAGAAGUGCAGCGUGGGGUACGUGCAUGCACGAUGCAGCCGGACAGAUCUAAAGCCCCAGGGUUGCAUGUGUGCACCCGGGGAAGCUGCAUGACUGCAGCAGCGCACCCCGCCCGGACCCCGCUCGACAGCAGCCGGACAGCUCCCUAGUGCGAGCGGCGCGCGCUCCCUCUUUCACUUCUUCCAGCCCUUGCACCAGGAGCUCCGCCCCCCGACGGGGAUUGGAAGGUCCCGGCUCCGCCCCUGGUCACGUGGAGGAAGUUGCGCCGGAGCCAUGGAGGAGGCGGGGGCGUCGCUCGGGCCCACGGAGCAGACUGUGCAACUGAACAGUGGAACCCGAAUGCCCCUGCUUGGCAUGGGCACUUUCCGCCUGCAAGGGGCUGAGCUCGUGUCCCAGUGUGUGGACGCUGCCCUAGCCCAUGGCUACCGCUCCUUUGACACAGCUGCUGUCUAUGGCAAUGAGGCAGCGAUUGGGCAAGCACUGGGUGCCCUGCUGCCCCAUCAUAGCCUAGCACGCUCUGACAUCUUCCUCACCACCAAGCUGGGUCCACGGGACCAGGGCAAGGUCGAAGCCGAGGCUGCCUGCCUGCGCAGUCUGGAGCAGCUGGCCUGUGGCUACCUGGAUCUCUAUCUCAUCCACUGGCCAGGCACACAGGGCAAGCCCCAAGGGGACAAGGGCAACCGGGAGCGGCGCUGGGAGAGCUGGCGGGUGCUGGAGCAGAUGUACCAUGCUGGGCACCUGCGGGCGAUAGGCGUUUCCAACUACACCCUGGGACACCUGCAGGAGCUGCUGGCCCACUGUCGGGUGCCGCCAGCUGUGCUGCAGGUGGAGUGCCACCCAGAGCUGCCCCAGCGGGAGCUGUGGGACUUCUGCCAGCAGCAUGGCAUCCAUCUCCAGGCCUAUGCCUCACUGGGCUGUGGGCAGCUGUUGGGGCGGGCAGAGGUAGGGCGGGUGGCGGAGCGCCAGGGACGUACCCCUGCCCAGGUUCUUCUACGCUGGGCCCUGCACCAGGGUGUGGGGGUGAUCCCCAAGUCUGUCAACCCCACCCGCCUGGCUGAGAAUGCCCAACUUUGGGGCUGGGACCUCAGCCCGGAGGACAUGGCUGAGCUGGGGGCGAUGGACUGCAGCAGGCACUACUGCUGGGACCCCAGUGGAGUGACAUAAAGUGGAAGGUGCAUGUGUGUGGGGGGAGGCAUGGUCAGGUGUGUUGUUGGGGGUAAGCAUGCGUGGCAGGGGGCAGUGUUGCAGGGGGGAGGGAAGAUGGAAGGAACUCGGAUGUGGUGGCAGGCACAUGUGGCUGGAGAGGGUGGUGCUGCUACAGAAAAGGGACAGGGUAGCAGUUGUGUGUGGCCAGGGGAGGCGGUGCUGCAGGCAGGGGGCAGGGUGGCAGGCAUGCUUGGCUGGGGGGGCAGUGGUGCAGGAGGGGAACAGGCUGGCAGAUGCGUGUGGCUGUGGCCGGGGGGGCUGGGGACACUGCAGGAGGGGGACUGGUUGGUAGGCGCAUGUGGCCGGGGGUGGUACUAAACAAGGGGAGUGGGUAACAGGCGCGUGUGGCUGGAGGGUAGUGCUGUGGAUGGGGGAGGCAGUGCUGCCGUGGGGAAGCGCAGUGGCAGGCGUGCAUGGUUGCGGGGACGGUGUGGCUGGGGCGGGGAAGGCAGUGGGGAGCAUAGGUGUCUGUGUCUAGGAUUUGGAAGGGGGGCACCUGUGACGGUGGCUGUACCACCACAACAGAGAUGCAAUAAAAACUAAUAAAGGUAGCCAUAGAAAA